GCCGCGCUCCCUCUGUAAAUUUCGCCGAUCUGAGAUCAGUGGUUGUCACCGCACCCAGGACAGAGCGCUGCGGUGCAGUCUUUGGGCAACAACGUCACUUCCGUUUGUUUUGAGAGGCUCGAUGAACGAGAACGAGCUUCCGUGCUAUUCAACGGGUAAUUUACUAAGGAGCAACCCGUAAAGUUAUAAAACAGCAAUUACAAGUUUCCCGUGAGGUUUUUAGCGUUUUUAUGAAUGAUAACCGAUCUGCAACGAUCAUUUUGAUAUUAUUCCUGAGUGAAAACCGGAGUAAGUUGAGGGGUUUUACACGGCUGUGGGACACACACCACAAGUGAAAACAAGCAGGACCAUAUGAAACUUCCGCCAGAAAAUGGCUUCGCCUGGUGUAGUUUCUGCGGAUGGGCCGACCUCCACCAAUGUCUUUAUUUUGGAGUUUAUGGCAGCAGAGAGGUACUCCUGGAACCCGAAAGAUGGCUUCUUUGGAGGGUCUGAGCAAUAUAGCUCCAUCCCAGACAAACAAAAAGACCUUGGGGCACAGAGGUAUAGACCCCACUGGAGAGACCACUUAUAAAAAGACCACAUCAUCUGCUCUGAAAGGUGCCAUUCAGCUGGGCAUCACACACAGUGUGGGGAGCUUAAGCCAGAAGCCAGAAAGAGAUGUGCUUAUGCAAGACUUUGAAGUGGUGGAAAGCAUCUUCUUUCCCAGUCAAGGUAGUAGUUCAACUCCUGGCCAUCACCACGGGGACUUCAAGUUCAAAACGUAUGCUCCCAUUGCCUUUCGUUACUUCAGAGAGAUGUUUGGCAUUCGACCUGAUGACUACCUGUAUUCUCUAUGUAAUGAACCCCUCAUUGAGUUGUCGAAUCCCGGAGCCAGUGGUUCUCUCUUCUACGUUUCCAGCGAUGAUGAGUUUAUUAUAAAGACGGUGCUGCACAAGGAGGCCGAAUUUUUACAGACACUCCUGCCUGGAUAUUUUAUGAAUCUGAACCAGAACAUGCGCACGCUUCUUCCCAAGUUCUACGGGCUGUACUGCGUUCAAGCCGAAGGGAAGAACAUCCGAAUUGUUGUGAUGAACAACCUGCUCCCCUGUGCCGUACCCAUGCACCUUAAAUAUGACCUCAAGGGCUCCACAUACAAGCGUCGUGCUUCCCCUAAAGAGAGGGCAAAGAAUGUGCCCACAUACAAGGACCUGGACUUCAUUCAGGACUUGCCUGAUGGGUUGCUGCUUGAGAAUGACCACUACAAUGCCCUAUGCAGAACCAUCCAGAGAGACUGUCGGGUGCUUCAGAGCUUUAAGAUCAUGGACUACAGUCUGCUGGUGGGCAUCCACAACUUGGAUCGGGCAGGUGAAGAGCCACCUACCGCAGUACCUGAUAACCAGAAAAAGGCUCCAGGCCAGAAGCCUUUAUACUGUACAGCCAUCGAGUCUAUUCAAGGGGAGGCCAAAGGCAAGACGCCACCACAGCCUUAUGAAAGUAUGGGAGGAAUUCCAGCUUUCAGCUCGAAAGGAGAAAGAUUGCUGGUUUUUAUUGGCAUUAUUGAUAUCCUGCAGUCUUACAGGCUUGUAAAGAAGUUGGAGCACUCGUGGAAAGCCCUGCUGCAUGAUGGGGACACCGUAUCUGUGCACCGGCCGAGUUUCUACGCAGAUCGGUUUCAAAAGUUUAUGUGCACAACAGUCUUUAAAAAACCUACAGUAAAAAUGUCUCCCGCAAAGAAGAGUCGAGGUGGAAUUCUUCCUGGUGGGAAGAAAGCAAACACAGCCGUAUCUUCGCUAUCGCAACAACAGUCUCUUCCUGUAGCGACAGCACAAACAAGCCUUGAACAAACACAGCCAGUAGCCCAAGCACUCCAGUCGCAGCAGAAUAUGGCACAGCUGUUCGGCUCCAGCAGCGGCGCUGUGUCCCUCAGCUCAGAGACGCAAGAGAGCGACGACGGUAUGCAGACAGAUCGUCCUGACCUUCUCCCACAUCAGUUUACUGAAGAUGAUAUCACCAACAGUUCAGUCGAUACAACCCUCUCGGCGACAUCUACUGUGGGCUCCAAUUUCUCUGCAAACACUCCAGUUCCCAGUUGGAGCAGUACAGCUGCUCACACAUCUGGGGAAAGUUUAAAUGUGGAAACCAUUUCACUCAACGAGAUUGUUCCUCAUACCAACACAUCAGAAUGAAAGACUGUGGUUGACGAGGACAAAAUAAAUCUCUCCCCUGGAUAAAGAUUACUCUCUUUCAAGGACUUCUAAAGAAGAAGGAUAACCCUAGAAUUGAAUUGCUUUCAACAACAGGGAAAGUGAAAACCAGAGAAUGUGGAGACCAAAUUAUAACAACGCACACAAUCGUUCAACUAUAAAGAUAUUUCCCCCUUUUAACAUUUUUUCGGAUGUCAGCCAUACAGCGUCCAGUAUUGCUGCUAAGAAAUGGAACCAAAGGACAAAUACAGCCAUGUUUGCCAGAACUUAAUAAUGUUUACAGCAAUCAUAAAGCGAUGAGUACAAGUGGCUUCUGGAGAACAAACUGGUCUUUUAAAGUACCUCAGCGAGAGUUGAACAUUUUGUAGUGGACUUAAUUCGCCCAUGCAACGCAAUGCUGUUUUUCCCGUUAUGUUGCUAAGGAGACCAAUGCGAAACUAAUGUUUUGGAGUCACAUAUUUAAUUUGCUAAGAGGAGAAAGUAAAACAUUUGUCUAUUUUACAGAUGUUUUAAGAAUAUGAUUGCCUGCGAGAACGAGUGAAUCCACAUCAGGUUGCCUGAACAAUCAUGUUACAAGAUUUAGUUUUUUUUUUUACUUUAAAUCUGUGAAAAUAAUUAAUUUUAGAAAUAGAUUUAAAUGGUUUACUGUAAUAAUGUGUGAUCUAAAUGUGCCUUAAUUGCACAAGUAAUUAACAGGACACUUUUUACUGUGGGAUGUGCGGACUUGCAUGGCCUUUAAAGCAGUGGUUCUCAAACUUUUUCAGCAUGCGGCCCCCCUUGUGUACGGUGAAUUCCUUCAUGGCCCCCCAAAGAAAAUUUAUGACAAAAACAGUUCAAAAACGUAACAUUUUCAUUAAACAAAACAUGAAAUUAUACAAUGUAGUGCUGUUGGUUAGUAGCCUUAUUUUUUUUUUAGGUUUAAUUACACAGAAUUCAUGAUAAAUUAAUGUAUUUUAUAAAAUGUCAUAAAACUGGGGCCCCCCUGGCACCAUCUCGCGGCCCCCCUGGGAGCCCCGACCCCCAGUUUGAGAACCACUGCUUUAAAGUACACAAUCACAGUAUACAUCAUUGUUCAAAUGUCAGUCUGCAUUAUGUGACUGCUUUAUAGACUACUUGCUUGAACGCCCCCUAAAAUACUUCUCCAGUUCUUCCAGUUUUUUUUUUAAGUAAUUUUGUUUUAUUUGCUUAUACAUAUGAUAUGAUGUGCAAAAAGAAAGUGAUGGAUAAAAAUAUGCUGAAAAAUGUCACGUUUGUAUAGUGUAAAUGUUAUAACUCGUAUAAAAGGCCAAAUUCAGUAUUUUGGGUCACAGGACUGAUAAUUUUUGGAAAACUUUAAUGUAAAAAAAAUGUUUUUAAGAAGACAAUGAAAUGUAAGACCUGGCAGACUAACUACUGUAAAAUCUGUAACAUAUGGUAUGUAUACCGUGUACCUCUUUUAUGGACUGUAAUACAUAAACCUUUUGGACAUGGUUUUAUGAAUUUUAAAUCAAACUUAAGAUGGAACCAAAGUGCUAGUUUUUAUAUUUGAAAAUGUGCAUAUUGUUAUCAGUUAACCUAUUGUAAAGACAUUGCUAAAGAUGCAAAUAUUUUAAAUAUGGAUAAUUAUGGGUACUCUGCUGGAUAUUUGUUUCAUGCGUUGACCUUUAUUUUUAAAAGUGAAAAACAUUCCUGUACAAAAUCCUAUUUAUUUGUAUGUUUGCAUGUAAUUUAUUUCUUUAUCUCAGGUUCCACAAUGCCGGUGUGUUUUUUUUUAUGCAACAAUGGAUGUAAAUUCUGACACCUGGUGGUUGUGUGAAUCUGAUGUUCAUCAAAGGUUAGAAAUGUAUACACUCAAGAUCUGGGAUUCUUGUGCAAUUGCUAUUUACUCUUGAAAGUGCUGCAUUCACCUUUAUUGUCUUAUCAAACUGAGAAUGUUCAGUGGUAGCUUUAAAUGAAGCUGUUCGACACUCUUACAACAAAAUGUCUAUUUUUUUGUUUUUGCUCUCAACCAAAUGAUGUCAUUGGCUCAUUCUUAAUGUUUUCAGCAAUAUUUCAUGUUAUAUGCAAAUAACUUGAAAUAAAACGGAAACGUAAAA